UUUUGAAUAGUCAAUACGGCCACACUGUUGGCAACACGUGCACGAAUUAGUGCAUUUGAAAUAAAUUCGUUUUCGUUUAUCCUCAUUUAUACUGAAAGACAGGAAAAAUGGGCAAAAAAACGAAAGUUGGAAAGACCAGAAAGGAUAAAUUCUACCAGCUGGCAAAGGAGACAGGUCUUCGUUCGCGUGCAGCCUUUAAGUUGAUUCAGUUAAAUCGUAAAUUCGGUUUCCUUCAGCAGUCUCAAGUAUGUUUGGAUUUGUGCGCAGCUCCUGGAGGAUGGAUGCAGGUGGCCAAGCAGAAUAUGCCGGUGUCCAGUAUUGUGAUCGGUGUGGAUUUAUUCCCCAUUCGACCCAUAGCUGGUUGCAUUGGUCUCAUCGAGGACAUUACCACCGAAAAGUGCCGUCAAUCGUUGACUAGGGAGCUGCAGUCGUGGAAGGCUGACGUUGUUCUUCACGAUGGUGCUCCCAAUGUGGGUAGAAAUUGGCUGUACGAUGCCUAUCAGCAGAUCUGCCUCACUCUGAAUGCGCUCAAGUUGAGCACACAGUUUCUACGUAGCGGCGGUUGGUUCGUAACAAAGGUUUUCCGUUCCAAGGACUACAAUGCCUUACUUUGGGUCUUGAAACAGCUCUUUAAGAAGGUUCAUGCUACUAAACCAAGUGCUUCACGUAAGGAAUCCGCUGAGAUAUUCGUAGUCUGCCAGGGGUACAUAGCACCCGAUCACAUCGAUCCCCGUCUAUUAGACUCGAAGUACGUGUUUGAGGAACUCGAUCUCGAUGCCAAGAAGAAAAGUAGCCUGCUUCAUCCUGAAAAGCAGAAACGUAUCAAGGCCGAGGGUUAUACAGCACAGGAUAUUGCGCUGCGCAACGAACUGGCUGCCACAGAGUUUAUGGCGGCUGAAAAUGCUCUAGCUGCUCUGCAAGGCAUAGGUUCCAUCGUCAUCGAUGAUCAACGCAUUGCCAAGCACAAGAAAACUACACCAGAGAUUCUAGAGUGCUGUAAGGAUCUUAAGGUACUGGGUCGCAAAGAUAUCAAAGGACUUGUUCAAUGGUGGAAAGAUGUCAGGGAGCUUUUCGUUAAGAAGGAAGACGCGUUGGUUGUCGGAGAUGCAAAUGGUGAGGAGGAGAAAGCUAAACCAUUGACACAAGCAGAAAUUGAGGACAUGGAAGAUGCCGAGCUUCAAACGCAAAUAGACACAAUUAUGGACGAGGAAAAAAAGGAUUUGAAGCGAAAGCGUAAGAAGACGCUUAAGACUAAAGCCAAAUUGCAUGAGAAAAUGAACCUUAAUAUGGUGAUCAAAGGUGACGACGGUCCUGUCGAGGAAACAGAGCAUGAAAUCUUUGACCUCAAAAAUAUUAACACUUCUGCUGAGCUCGACGAUUUGCUAGAUGUUCAGCCUGAUUUUGCUGUGGAUGAAACUCAGCCCGAGCAAGAGAAGCUGCCAAAAUACAAGUAUUUUGACAAGGAUGAAGGGAAUAUUAAUGAUGAUCUUAACUAUGAUGACGACGAUGAUGAAGAGCAAAGCGAUGCCUCAGAAGAUCAAGACCAAAUCGAUGGGAAGCAGGGACUGGGCCUUAGCGAUGAUGAGGAUGAUGGAAAUUCGAAGGGCAAAAACAAAAGAAAAAAACGGUCCGAGAAUCCGUUGAUCAAGUCGAACGAUUUUCGCGAUAAAAAUACAAAACGGGAGCAACGUGUACAGUUGUGGUAUGAAAAAGAUGUCCUACAAAAUAUUCAAUCAGAUGACGAUGAAGAAACCUAUGAUCUGGAUAAUCUGGCUAAGGAAUACAAGGCCAAGGGUGUGUCAGUUUUGGGUGAGAGUACAUUGGACGCCAAUGAAGAAGUUAUCAAGGGAAAGAAAGCUAAACGCCGUGCACGUCAUGAAGGCGCAACGAAGGAUAGCAGCAGUUCAGAGUCUUCCGACUCUGAAGAUGAAGCUAACAAAGAUGGAGAAGAUACAGUUCCAGAUGCAAACGUAAAAAAGGUUCGCUUAACCGAAAAUGAAAUGGCCUUGGGAGCAUUCCUAACACGCAACAAGAAAACACGACGAGACCUGAUCGAUGCAGCCUGGAAUCGCUAUGCUUUUAACGAUGAGAACCUUCCCACUUGGUUUGUGCAGGAUGAGGAUGAGCAUAUGACCAAACCACAGCCAGUUCCAAAGGAACUAACAGCCGAAUACCAACGCAAACUGCAGGAGGUCAAUGUGCGUCCAAUUAAGAAGGUAAUGGAGGCUAAGGCACGUAAACAUCGACGUGCCACAAAACGCUUAGCUAAGGCAAAGAAAUUGGCCGAGAAAAUUAUGGAGAAUACCGAUGCCACCAACCACGAGAAGUCCAAACAACUUAAGAAGGUCUACAAAAAGGCUCAGGAGAAAAAGAAAGAGGUCACAUACGUUGUGGCCAAGAAGCAAUCAGCAGCUCGUCGAGCCCGUCGUCCAGCAGGUGUUAAAGGUCGCUAUCGUGUCGUAGAUCCUCGCGAAAAGAAGGAUAAGCGGUCAUUAGAUGCAAAAAAGAGACGCGAAAAAGGUGGCAAAGGACGAAAGGGAAAAGGGCGCAAAUAAAAUGUUAAUUUAAAUAAAAACAACUAAAUAUGAAAUAUUUUAUAGAUAUUAAAGAUACGUGUAAAAAUCAGA